AAAGACAGUGUAGGGACAGAGGUCAGAUUAGGGGUGGUGUCCCUAGGCCCGGUGGGGUCUAGAGGGGUGCGGCCUGCUGGCAGAGUGGCCGCCCCACGGUCGUACUUACACCACAACACCGAGCACCGAGAAGGGCUCGGGCCGCCCAGCCCAGGAGUUACAUAAGGGGUGGGGGAGGUCGGUAGUCGUGCGUUAAAGAAUAACCUGCACCUGGGAAGCCCUCCCAGGGGACGCGGCCCCUUCCCCGACCAGCAGCCCUGCGCGCGGGAACCCCACGAGGAAAUCGGUCCUUCGAGGCAGCGAGGGCGUGCGGGCCGGGGCUCCUCGGAGGCCAAGGCGCGGGUGGGAGGGGGCCGCCAGAGGGGCCCCCUCUACGGGCCAGCGCGGGAGCGACGGGCCUGGGGCGGGGCCUUUGUGGGCGUGGCUAAGGAGCGCAGGCCAAUGGAAACGCGGCCAACCCCAGCCACGAUCCACCUCGGAAUGUUGAUACAGCACGCAGACCAAUGGGCGCACACCGGGGGCGGGGACACAAGGAGGGGGCGGGCCGGCCGUAGCUUCGGGGGCAGAGCGGCACGGGUGGCUGCCGAUCUAGGGCGGGGGUCGGCGGCCCGGCCAGCCCGGCCCGGCCCGGGGCCGCGACCCGAGCGUCCGCCUUCGCUGCUGCAGCCUUGGCGCCCGGCCGGCGAGCCAUGGAGGCUGAGCGCCCCCGGGCACCCGGCUGGGCCUGCGGGCCCCCCUCGCCCCGCGCUGCCGGCCCUGAACCUGCGGCCGCGCCCGUGUCGGUGCCCGCAUCGCCGCAGAGCCCCCCAAGGAAAAGCCCAGCUGGACGAGGUCAUGGCUGCUGCAGCCCUCACAAGCCUGUCCACCAGCCCCCUGUUGCUGGGGCCCCCAACUGCAGGCUUCCACUCGGAGCCCGGCUUGGAGCCCUGGUCCGAGCCACCAGUGCAGCCACUGGGCAGUCACAGCAGCAGCGGUGGGGACUGGGGCUGGGACCCGGCCAGCGAGCUGUCCUCCCCACCCACACCGUCGCCUCCGCUGUCCCUGGAGGCGGCCCACUUCCUGUUCGGGGAGCCUGCCCCUCGGAAGAGGAAGGGCGCGGUGCAGGUCCUGUUCCAGUGUCUGUGGAAGCGCUGCGGCGAGGUGUUGAGCACGGCCUCGGGGAUGCAGAGACACAUCCGCCUGGCCCACCUGGGCAGGCGGCAGGCAGAGCCAGAACAGAGUGAUGGCGAGGAGGACUUUUACUACACGGAGCUGGACAUUGGUCUGGAGGUGCUGACCGGUGGGCUCUCCAGCCUGGCCUCCAUGUCCCCCACAGCCUCCCUGCCGCCUGGCUUCCCACACCUGGAGCUGCGGGAGCCCCCAGCUCUGCCCAGCCUGCUGCGCCCCCUGGCCUUGCCCCCACCCCAGGUGCUGAGCUCCGUGGCGCACCCUCAGGUGUGCCGCAGUGACCACUCCUACCAGGAAGCCCCGAGGGGACGCCAAGAAGUGCCGGAAAGCGUUCGGCGUGCAGCGCCGGGACCUCUGGUGCACUGCCUGCCGCUGGAAGAAGGCCUGCCAGCGCUUUCUGGACACCGCCGGCUGCCCGGGACGCCCAAGCUCCCAGAGGAGGAAAUGAGCUGCGCCACAGCCCUGCCCGGGGCCCUCCAAGCCGCACGGUCUACUUCUCAAUGGGGCAGGGGCAUCAGGGACCCUGGAGCCCCAGAGGUCGGGGAGGGUCCCAGCACGCAAAGUGCCUCUGAAGAAACCAGCCUUUUGCACUAAAGCCUGGGGCGGGUGCGCCCCUCCCCACACCUGUCCAUGGACUUGUAAAGGGUGUUGACGGUCCAGCCUCGAGGCCACGUGGGAGCCAGACCGGGAUGCACUUUGAGGGCUCGGGAGGGGCCUCCCCACCGCCCCUAACCUGAGGGGUGGUGCGGGCCUGGGGUGGCGUCAGACCUGGUUUCUGAAGCUCAGGUGUCUUGCGUCUGGGCUGUGCCAGGCGAGGAGGAAAAUUAAAGAUUUGGGUUUUCCAGAA